GUAUACCGGAUGUAUUUGUGUAUGAGAUGAUUGCAUAGAGCACAAUUCACUCUUUCAUUUAAUUUUAAGCAUUUUCUUUUAUACACAUUUAGUAAAGUAUAGUUUUUAGGUGCUGAUUGAUAUGUUUGCCGAACGUUUUUCGCCGCUCAACACUCACCAAAUGCUUAACUGUGCGCUAACGUUUAACGUGUAUGUUGUUGUUGCUACUGCUACCUGUGUUAACGAGCGCUCCACGACGCGACAACGGCUAUUGCAAUUUUCGUUGUCGUUGCCGCUGCCGCUGCCAGCUUGUUGGAUGAUAGCAGCACAAUUGUCACGACAUUCGCUCCUCGUUCGUUUGCCGUGGCGCAUCAGCAGCAAAAACGUUCGUUCGCUCGCUCGCUGUUCAUUCGUUUAUUUCGAUUGGUUUGCUUAUUAUUUUACUUGCGCUGGUAUUGUACCGUAUAAUUUGCUGACGUUUGGAAAUUCUGAUGCGAGAGAUGUGUCGCAGUUAGAACUCCAAACAGAAAAGAAGUGAGAUAUUUGCAUUUUAAGUUUCGGCCGCUUGCGAAAUACACACACACAUCCACAUAACAUAUCGAAACAAAUAAGCGCUCACCUUGAGGUGAUGGCAAAAAAGCAGAAAAAUCCGUGACAACGCGUGUUGAUAUUAGAAAAACUAAAACUAAAGUUAAAAAAUAACAACAACUAAAAUAACUAAAGUAGAGGUGCGUGUAAUUGUCGGUUGUUUUUUGUUGUUUGUGCGUUCGGUAUGUGUGUGGAAAUGGAAAAUGAUACAAAUCGACUUGAGCAGGCGAAAAGGUAAAAGAGGCAAAAAAGCAAAGUGCAAAGUUUGCGAAAAACAAUAUUAAAGUAGAAUUGAAACAUAAAUAUAAACGCAAUACCGCGCGCAUAAAAUGAAAACACCAAGUGGCUGUGUCACAACAACAACCGUCGUCGUCGCCGUAGAUGCGCUGUUGUACAACUGAUUUUCAGUUGGGAGGGAAGGUGUGCCGUGUUGGCGACCAGUGUAAAAAAGAGCUGUCGCUCAAAGUGCAAUGUUGAAAAUUCAACUUAAGUUUCAAAAUGAAAUAACACCAACAAUAUCAACAACCACAAACGUAUAGCAAUCAUCCAACAAUAGCUUUAACAACAUAAGAAUAUUUAAUAUUUUCAAUUGCCUUCAACGCAAUUGCAUUUAAGUAAAAAAAAAACCAAAACACGACAACAACAAUAUAACGGUGUGCCUACAACAGCAGCAAUAGCAGGAGUACAAGAAACACUUUGUUUAGCGGUGAUAGUAACAGCAACAACAAAACAACACUGGGGAACAAGCAGUAUUUAGUCGAACACGCGGGGUGGUGGACGGGCGUAUUGGGGUGAAACCGCAACCAAAUAGUUUCAACACCGUUUACCGGAAGUUGGAUUUUUCGUGAACGCAAAGUGGUAGACUUCAAAGCAUGGAUGCUACGACUGUUGAAUCUAUAAUCGCAAUGCCGCUGGGCGCUGCCAGCAACAGCAAUACCAACAUGAGUUGUGGCAGCAGCAGCAGCAGCAACAGCAGUGGCUAUGCGAGCGCCACCACCCCCACGAAUCCCGCCUCGGCCGGCAGUAGCAGCAGUCACAGCCAAUAUUCGGACUCGCAUUCCAACACACCUGUGGGCUUGGUCGAGCCGACACCUGUGGCCACGAUAGCUGCCGUAACGCCGUACUACAAUGAAACGUUUCAACAGCAACACCACCAGCAACAACAGCAGCAUCAGCCACAACUUCAUCAUCCACCACAUCCACAGUACCCACACCAAACACAUUCAUAUCAAUUAACGGAGCCCUUGCCCACAUCCUCGCAAUACGAUAACACCUACGAUUCGUACCCUUAUCUCAGCGGUGGCGAAAGCUAUCAGCAGUCCAGUGGUGGGGGUGAACGUAAUUUAUUGGGCAUGCGGCAUGCUAAUUCGUAUUAUACAACCUUGGAGAAGCCGAGUAAGCAGCCCACGCAGACGGCUAUACAGCCUCACACUAAUACUGCCAACACCAACAAAAUUUACAAUAACAACAGCAGCGAAACCGCGCUCCGUUCUACAAAACGUAUUGGUGAGUCGAAUACGCCCGCUAAACCGCAGGCCGCCGCAACGCCUUUCUAUGCCAAUUCAGCACAAACGGGUGGUUCGGGCACCUAUGGGGAUCCCAUCAAAUAUAGAAUGUCUACUGGGACCAAACUGCCAACACUCGGCGAUUAUCUGAACUACGGGAACCAACCAUUAGAUAUUAGCAACACAGGGAAUUAUACGCAAAGCUUUCCACAGCAUCACGCAGGAAAACCGCUGCAGGACGUGCCGUAUGCUGCGAGUCCGACGCAAGGGAAAACAUUCAACACCAUGGCGAAUGCGCGCUUGCCGCAACAACGUCUAAGCAUGCAUUAUGGCAAUCCUGCAAUGCCUGUUGGCAUUCCUAUCGGCAAUGCGUCGAAUAACAGUAACGGCAAUACCAGCAGUAGCAGCAUUUAUAUCGAUAAGUAUGAUAAAUAUUUGUACAAUGCAGUGAGCACCGUGGCACAGUCACCGUACUAUACAACCACCCCACCCGCCAACCUCUCAGCAAUGCCCUACAAUGCAGUACCGUACGCACCCGCGCCGACUGCAUCUACGUCAGUCCCACCACAGUAUGCUACUGAAAUUCCCAACGACCCCUACCGCAAGUCAUCGGCCACGUCGGCUUGGCACUGGAGCAUGGACUAUGCCAACGGUAAUUGUCGCACGCUGCCGCCGCCCAACGGCAUACCUACUGCCGCCAUACCGCCGACGAAUGCCAGCUAUGUACCGACUAACGCCACAGCCGCCGCCAAUCGUGAUAUAUACUAUGCUUCAGAGAAGUAUAGCAGCAAAUAUGAUAAGUACAAUUCAUAUUAUAACCCACACCAACAGUAUAUGACGUCGAAUGCGACUGGACGUAGUGCCUGGUCGAAUUCGCCGCAUUCCUCAGCACACCUUGUACCCACACUAGCAGAACGUUUGUCACACCCUUAUCCACACCAUGCACCGCUAACUUCGGGCGGAGUGCCAACCGCUUUGGCGCCGUCUGCACAUCCCUCCCUCGCAUAUCAUCAUCCCUACACGCCUUCCGCAGCUACAGCCACCGCGCGCCAAAAUUGUUGCUCACAAUUUCAACAACAAAACUGCUACUAUCCUCGUACGGCACACCAUCCUCACCUUCCACCGAACACUUAUAGCCCACACUCGCAAACGCCACCGUACGGCACCAGCAGUACUGCAAUCGGCAGCGGUAACAGUCCCGUCGUCAAAUAUAACGUGCUAGAUUAUGGACCAGCCAACAAAUCAAAGAUGAAUACAAAUGAUGUCUACGCUGCAACGCCCACAUACGAAGCGACGAAUAUGAAUUAUCAUUCCCAUCCAGCAGGUAUGGCUCACAAUGCUCAAUAUGGGAACGCUAUGGCACCUACUAACGUCGUUGCACAUCCACCACUCAAUCGUAAUAUGGCACCGGGUUCCCACAAUGACAUAACGACUGUUUACUAUAAUGAUCUCAAUAUGCAAACCAACUAUGACAACUAUAUGGGGCCUAUACAACCUACGCCGCUACCUGAAGAGCGACGUGAAAGUUUAGUCCAAAGAGUUGACCAUCUACCCAAUUUGCCACCACCCUACACGCAAUCUACUUCUACGAAGAAUUCGCUAAUUGACUAUCGGAAGCCUGCGGUCAUGCCAAAUGAUGACAGUUUCAUAGCAGAGCCAACGCUCACCAAUUUAGAUGAGCACAUGGCUACCAAUAUGAGCCAGAACCAAUACGAUAAUAGUUAUGGUCUGCCCAGAGCAUUGGAACCAAUCGACGAUGGCAUGUAUGGCAAAGCAGCAACGCGUGAGACGACAGUUAAGCCUAGUAACCCAACACCGACAACACCCACUACUAAAACCUACUCCAGUUUGCGAGAUUUUCUCAGCACAUGGAAUGAGGAUGAAGAGGAUUACGGUGGCGCUGAUGAACUGCAGUUUGUUGAGAACGCACCACCAGCGAUUGAUCAAGUCAUGCGUGUCGAAGACAAUACUAACUGUGUUCAAGUAAUAAAUAAAAUGUCGAGCUUGCAAGAGCUUCCCACCGAAGCGAAUACACCAGCUGCAUAUGUUGGGGACUCCGCACCCCUAUAUAGGGCGCAACCCCAACCCUUAGUUAUAAAUAACUUGCAAUUAAAAGAGGAUUAUUAUCAACACCCAAAGACUCAACCAAACAUCGGCGCUGGUAGCACCAUUAACAUGGAGGAAAAUCAGUUUGCAAAUAUAAACUUACCUGACAUUGUCAUCGAUAUCGAGAAGUCCGGCGGCGCAGUACCAAAUAUAGCAGGCGCAACUAAGGGACCAAGCAACAACAAUGUUGUCGAAAAAUCCAAUGACAAGCACGUAAGCUAUGAUUGUUUCGAUGUAGAAAAAGAGCUUGAUGAACUAGAAUCAAUAAAGAUGGUAAAGAUACCAAAAACUAAUACCGAUACAACGCCCAUACGCAACGGUAGCGUCAUCAUGAAAGCGGCUACCGAAGCGCUCGGAGUAGUUACACCCAAUGCAAUGCUCGAAUCAGAAAAUCUUGAAAUAAUUGCGAAUCUUAAAGCUGUAAAUACUUCGGCUGCACCAAAAAUGGAGGAGAAAGUGGAGAAAGACUUUUGUUUCUCAGAGCACAGAGCAGAACAGUCCUUAUUAACCGUCCAAGCAAAGAGCGACAGCACAUUGGAUAGAAGUAUUGAAUGUGACAAUACAACCAGUUCGAAUGGUUCCACAUUUGAGAAGGAAUACGAGACCUUCAUUAAUAAGAUAGGAAAUGAGUUUGAAUACAAGGUCAGUAGUAACAAUGAGAACAGUUUUACUGCAGCUGUAAGCAACAAAACAGUUCUUUCUGAUAUCAAUACAAAUGUUGCCGUAAACCAGGAAGUGCCAACAAAUGAAAUAAAUAACAUAGCGGUCAAACUAAAUACGGAAAACGAUAUGGAGAUAGCACAAAAAAUUAAAAGUUUUUCGAAGUUUCAUAAACGAAAACGAAAAUUUUCGGAAACGACCAAUAAUCCAAGUAAAAUUCCGAAGCAAUCGCACGAUCUUGAACAAGAAGUGAAUAAGGAAACUAAUUCUACAAAUUCUACAGAGACCUUCUCCAAACCUUGCAGAAAAAAAGACUAUAAUGCCCGCUUGCACACACUUCGCUUGAAAUAUAUAAAAAGACGAGAAAACAAAGGUCCUUCUUUCUAUCAACGCAGGAUACGGGCACUAUCUCAUCAGCUCGUUAAGAUUAACAAACGACUCAUUAUAUCCAGUCUGUUAAAAGAAGAAAUGGUCAAAGUGUCGCAAAAACACUUACCGUUAAUCGACCGCAUAAAUAGCACUACACUACCAACUAAAGAUGGAAGCGAUAUCAAACAAUAUUUCAAUCCGAAAACAUUGAAAUUCUUGUGUGUGGCUUUCAUUAACUCAGAACUGUUCCAAAACAAACUCUUGAAGGGUGCUGAAAUAUAUAAAGAAAUUGAUAAAUUCCCAGAAACAAAUACCAAUGAAGAAAGUGUAAGGGAUAGCCCGAUGCUACAAGAAUUGAAAGACUGUGAAGCGAAAGAAAAUACUAUCAACGAGGUCUGCAGUAAGGUAACAUGUCCACCUUCAUUGACAUCAUUCGUUGCAGAAAACAUUUUUGAAGAGAACGUUCGAAACGAAUUUUCUAAUAAAACUUCAGAAAUUGAUGAAUCAGAAGCUUCAAAACAAUUACCGGAAGAACCUCCAAUAGCUGAAUGGGGUCUCAAGAGCAUUGAGGUUACUCAAAACGACGUUAAUUUGAAGAAUCAGAUUGAUUUUGACGUGCCAGCUACUUUGGAUGUGAAGGAUUCAAAAAUGGAGCUUGAUAGCAUCGAAACGGAUGAAAUCGAAGAAGAAGUUCAUAGUCCUGGUUGUAUUACAGAACCAAUGGUUGAUAGUGUAGAACCUAAUGCAGAAAGCGUUAACACAAGGCCUACAUAUGAUGAUGAACAUGACCGAAAUGAUAAUAGAGUGGAAAUUAAAGAAAUUGAAUCCGAAGCAUAUGAUGCUGAUAUAUCAGGUGAUGGUGAAAUCGUAACCAUGAAACCUUUAACAAAAGACAUUGACAAAUCCUUUUCCGAUUUAAAUACAAGUGUAAAUAUGAUGGAUAUUUUAGAGAACCAGUGGACACUCAAUAAAAGUGCUGAAAAUAGAGUGCCUGAUGUAGAAAACCUGGCGUGUUUAAAUAAAGAUCUCGUAAGCAAAGUAAUUCCACCAAAUGACUCUGAAGAUCAUGUCAAUGAGAUCACCGAAGAUCCCGCACAAAAAGCGGCAGUUACUGAUUUAGUUGACGAGAAAGUCGAAAAUAGGGAGUUGGAAGCAAUGGAUCUGACGUGUUCCGCAGGAGUUGAGGAGAAUUCAAUAUAUAAUCGGAAAACAGAAGUACCUGAAUGUGCAAUCUCCGUUCCUCACAAUGAGAAAACGUUAUCUGAAUUUUCAGAACCGUGCAACAGUAUGAAACUCGAAGACACAUUUAAGGUUGAAGAAAAUCUAACAAGAAUUAAUGGCAGUCCUUUAACCGUCAUGGAAGUUGCUGAAAGUCCACCCACAACACCACAUAUGGUUUCUCCAGCACAUAUGAAGAGCGAAAACAGUAAUGACGCAGACAUUAUAAUGCUAAACACAUUUGAUCUAGACGAGCAAGCAAAGCACUUUAGUAGAGAUGUAGAUUUAUCUGAAACAGAAAAUAGCCUUGAUAUGUUUGGAGCUAGAAGAAGUGCAGAACAUUUCACAACAACGUCGAAAAAUUACUUCAUGAAGACUGUGGAUCUUGACGAAAAUUCAUCAGACAGUAACUCAUCGAGUAGUACUGAUUCAUCCACAUCAUCUUCUAGCCGCAGAUCGAGCACAUCCUCAUCGUCCAGUUCCAGUUCAUCCGCGGACGAAAAUUCUCAAAGUAGCUUAACAACGGUGCAAAGCGAUUUCAAUGAAAUGAAGGAGUUGGAAAAAGAACUCUCGCAACAUCAGGCAAAUGAAGCGGGUAUCUCACUUGAGCUUGAAAAUGGCGAAAAGACUGCGGCAGCUGCCAAUAUCGAAGAUAACAAUGGUAAUGAAGUAUAUAUCAAUUCUUCGAAAACGAUAACGGAGAACGACAUUAAAACCUUGAAGAAAAUAUUAGAAAGCGAUAGUGAUGGACAUGAAGAGAUAAGUACACACCUUGAGGAUGUUAAAGCCGAUACAAUGGACGAUGAAAAACUAAGUGCCGACAAAACAACAAGCGUUUCGAAAGAGCAACAAGCCGAUACAGUAAAUGGUGUGGCGGAAGAUAACAAACUAAUGCAAAAUGAAGAUUGCGUUGCAAGUAACGGUGAAGCAAACGUGACAAAGCAUGCGGCAGAGCGUGACUGUAUGGGUACGGAGGUGGUGGAAGAGUGCGUAGAGAGUUGCGAGAAGUCGUGCGAUGUCGAAGGUUUGGCGCGUGAACUCGCAGUGGAAGAAAAGCAGACGCAGAACGAAACUGUGUUUUGCGCAGCAAUAAAUAUCGAUGAUAAUGAUGAUGACAGCAGUGGAGUACCGAGUUUGAAAAAACUAUCGCUGGACUAUAUAGAGAGAGUAACUUCCAUUGAAAAUCAUACGCUAAAUAACCGAACUGAGGAUGCGUUAAAUAGUAAAAUACCAAAGUUAAGUGACCUUUGUAAAAUUGCCUUAAGUAGUUCCUUUGAAAUUAGCGCCAACAACAACAGUAACAACAACACAAACCAAAACACGCCCGAAGCGUUAGAGCGUGAAUUGAGCGUUGAAGAAGCUUUAGCCGAAAUGUAUCGACAAGCCGGUGUCACAUCAGAUCCCGAAGAUGGCGAUGCUGAGGAGAGAGAAGCUCAAGAUGUAGUACUAAUUAAUUUAGAAGAAAUUUUAGUUAACGAUAGUGAUUUAUAUGUUUUACAAUGUGAUAUGAAUGAAAAUGUGCUCAGCGUUGUGGCGCAUGCACAGGCCAGCGAUUUGCCCAUGCAAGUCGAUGAGGGUAUAGAAGAUAUUGAGAGAGCUGUAAAUGCUGAAAUGCAUGCAGAAGAAUUGAUGGGUUUAGAAAGUCCACAAGAAGAGUUGGUAGUGACCGAUGAAAUGCAAACCGAUUAUCUCGAGUCAUUAAUGAAUGUACACGAUGCCGUAGAGAAUUCCCCAUCUGCACUACCGUUAACCCCAUACAUUACACCCCCACACACAGUAGAUUACGUUGAAGAUGAGUUGAGGAUCACAAACGAUGACUCACUCAAUACACAGUUCGAUUUUCCCGCCAUACAUCACGAAGAAAUCGUCUCGCAUGAUUACAAGCGGCUCAAACGACAGGUAUUAUACAAUAGUUUGCGUGAGAAAUAUGUGUUGAAACGAGUACAUUUUAGGCCCCACCAUGGUAAUCGUGUACUCAAAAAAUAUAUACAUCGUUGGAUAUUGCAAUGCUUGAUAGCGAGAUUCAGGGAGCGCGAAUUGAGGAAGGCCCACAUGUAUGUCGAAGAGUAGUGAGGUGAGCAAACCGAAGCGACUGUUUACUGAAAGACUCGCAAAUGUACUAACGGUGUUGGGUAUUUUAAUUGAAAGGACAUAUGGGGUUUGAUAUAGAGUGUUUAAAAAAAGUGGGUCUAAAUUUUGGCUUUCAUUGUAAAGCGUUUCAAUAAGAAUUGUUUGGCAUGGUUCGGAAGCUAAACUUCUGUGACUAUAGUGUGGUUUAGCUUUACAUCUUUGAGUUAACAAGACACAUUCAAAUCAGCAAGCUUGACGCUAUUGUUUUAAGGGAUUAGGCCAGUCGAGAAAUCCCAAAAAAGGCCUAACUUUAACAAAUUUUCACGGAGUAAGGAAAAAUUUGUAUAAUUUCUCACUUUUUAGUCUUUAUUGUACAUAUAUUUGGGUCAGUAUUCGGAACCACCUUUUUCUAGAAGAUUUAGGGGCUACCAUGACUCUUAGAACUCGUGCUAUCUGAAACCAAAUAAAGAACAAAAUGCUGAACAGUAAUUUUUUUUAGAAAAAAAUAUAUUAAAACGCCAAUCGAAUGGAGUUUACUAAAUAAUUUAGUGCUAAGCUGCAAUAAGAAUAGCUGGUGUAUACUUGCGAUUGUCUUCAAGUACCUUUGUCGCUUGUUGUACAAAUUCAGUUUCGAGAAAAACGCAUUAAAACGGUUCACACGAAUUUUUCGAUACUACCACGAUAUAGGCAGGGAUUUUUUUCACUAUUUUACUAUAUAAAUACAGUUUUUAGGACCCUAAAGUGUUCCGAACUGGCCUAAGCCCUUGUGGUUCGUUUUAAGUUCCGCUAAGAAAUAUUUAUUUAAAGACAUAAAUGGCACGUGCUGACACAUUUUCAAUACUUCCUUUAUCAAUCUUUAUAUUAUCUAGUAAAAGACACAAUGCAACAGUUAUAGAUUACCAUAUCUUUUGUUUGUCAUUGGAAAACAUGUAUUGUACGAAGAAUCUCAUGACACUAAAAGUCGUUUAAAAAUAUAUAUAUUUUUCCCCAACUACAUAACUUUAUUGUUGUAACUGUUAUUCUUAAAAUAAUUCUGUAUAUUUAAGUGAAAAAUACUACAUUGUUUUAAUAUUUAAAGUAAUGGAAAAAAAUAACUGUAUUUUUUGUAGUGCAUACACCUUUAGUUUAUAAAUAUUUUUUAAUUUCCUUCAAAGCCAAAACAAAAAGAUAAAAUCAGCUGUUUCGUGCGCAUGAAUGCGUUCAAAAAUAGCACCGCUUUUCGACUGUUCACUUACCAUAUAUUUAUGCAUAAUUUACUUUAUUCCAUCUACUAUAUACAUAUAUAUGUAUACAGUUACGGACAAUAACUUAGAAUCAUAUAUUUUACUAAUUUUUAAUUCUAAAAAAAUUAUGGAAAUAUGAAUUUGAUUUAAAUUAAAAAAAAAAUACAAAUCUCAAAAUUUCCGAGGACGAAAUAAGAGUAUCAUAAUAUUUUACAUUAAAAACAAAUAAAUUUUUACAGAGAAAAUAAUAAUAGAAUAGUUGUUAGCACCCUUUAUCGCCUAAUACAGAUGUAUAUCUUCUAGGAACAGAAUACCAGACAGUUGAAUCUUAUCUCAGAGUUCCGCCUUAUUUUCCGAUUCUACGGGUCCAAUAUUUUCCUUAGAGAUUUUCCAUAAGUUUUUGAUUGGAUUCAAAUCUAGUUACUGUGCUGGCCAAGCCAUAACAUCAACACCAUGAUCUGAAAACCAUUUUUGCGAAAGACUCGAAGUAUGUUUCGGGUCGCUCUCUUGUUGGAGUUGGCAAAUUGAAGACGAAUUCCAGACUUCAUCUAAAAUUUUAACGUAUGUAUGACGGUCCUUGGUGGUGAAGCCACACCAUGAGAAACGUCCCCAAACCAUUAUAUUACUGUCAUAGUGUUUGAAGGACUUAGUCGUCUAGUAAUCGCACAUUUCUUUGUUUUUUGGACAUCUGACUCACAUCCAACCAUCAUAUCCUAUCUUAUUAAGUUUGUCUUCAGACCAUAGAAUGUCGAGGUAUUUUUUUUUAAUUUUCAGCUUCAAUGUGUCACAGAUAUUUUUCACCACAAGAACCAUAAGUAAUUAAAUAACUGAUACAAAUAUUUAUUCCACAGAUCUAAUUAAGUUAAUACACAUACUUAUUACGCUUUUUAAAUUCAAUCAAAUCAAAGUAAAAUCUCUGAUUCUAUUUUAUUGUCCGUAACUGUACGUAUAUAUAUCUUACUUUAGUUUUAACCUUAAUUGUAAUGGAAAUUUAACUGUGUGUAUUAGCGUCUUAUCGGGAAUCGGAAUUUGCGUUUUAGGCAAAUGGCCGCGGUUUAAAAUGGCAUUAUCUAUUAUUUGUUAUUGAACAACAUUUUAAACAAUUUUCAAUAAUUUUUUGCAACGUUUAGGGUAAGCACUAGUGUGGAAAUUUGUGCUCUCGUUAUUUAUAUAUUAGUAUUUAGUAGUUGUUUUUUAUAUGCAAUAGGUAAAUAGCGGAAAACUGAUUUAAAGUGUAAGCAAAAAAGACCACAAAAAAUAUAUGUUUUUGUAUCAAAUAAGUUUUAUUACAAAAACAACUCUUCAACUUUCAAUAAUAUGUAUUAUUUUCACUUUUUAACUCUGCAAAUAAGUUAUAGUGCACACCCUGUAUUCAAAAAUGUGUCUAAAUUGUCUGCUUGCAACAACAUAUUUCAAAAGCUUGUAACUCAGCUUAUCUGAGUUGUUAACAAUUUGAAAAAAAAAUAAUAAUAAUAAUACAUUUCUAGUACAAUAUUGCUUCAGAGAAAUUGUGAUAAAUAACAGAGUUAUGAUUUUCAGCUGAAUUAUACCAGGUCUCUUGCCACCGCAUAACGAAAUAAUUCGCGUUACACUCUGCCAGUUAUACUUGUACAUAUGUAUGCAUAUGACAAGCACACACUACACAUUUGUGUGUAUUUACGGCAGGCACGACAAACGAAUGCUUCACUAAUCGCCAAUUACGGAAAACCUAAUUAGUUUUUCACACAUUUCAUAUUUGCUGCGAAUAAUUCGUUACGUAGCUGGCAAUUUUACAAACCAAGACUUUUUGCAUUUCACACUUGUAACGACAACACACUCAAGCAAUAACUGUUUUCUUGAAAGUAAGGCAACGCAGAGCAAGUGAAAUUGGAUUGGAAAUAUACUUUUAUUAGAAAAAUAUUUGCAUUGCGGUUUUGUUGCGAGGCAAUGACGUUAUGUAAACAAGAAUUAUAGAAAUAGAGAUUACGACUGUUUCAAUCCGUCACAUUUUUGUAGCGCGUUUGACAGAAAACACGUUAGUCAUGAGCAAAAGAAGGUGCAGUUGUUGUUUUUGUAGCGGCAGAAAACAUUCCUGAAGCAAUUUCGAGGAAUGGUGCCGAGUUAACAGUCCUUGGACGGUUAAAAUUCGGGUUAGAUCCGACUGUCGUAGGCAGUCUUUGUUUACAAUUACUAUUAACAUUUUACAGUUCCCUUCGUUUAUGACGUUAUGUUGUACUUUUUUUUUUUGGGAGUAAAGUUUACUUCAUACUUCAAAACAAAUAUCGUAUUGUGUUUACUUCAAAACGUGUUUCAAUUUUAUGGUUAUUAAUCCACAUUCAAACAUACUGUUUUUGACAUUAGUUGGCAAUGAAGCGGCAAAUGAAGCUUUGCAGUGCAAAGAAGAGUACGAAUUUUGAUUUGGUAAAUCGUUCACUACAUUGACGUUAGGCAUUAGAUUCAUUAGAAAUGUGUACUUUUCUUGACUUCAACUUACUUUUAGCCAUUUCCUAAUGAUAGGCGACACUAACGGUACAUUCUUUACUUACAGUUACAGACUUGUUUAUGUCAAAUACGUCAUACUGUCAGAUUAUUCUUCAAAAUCUAUAGAAUGACAAAAUUUUGAGUUGCAAAUGUGACAUUUAACGCAGUUUUGAAGCUUGUUAGCAGAAUUCAUAGCCAAUAGCCGAAAUCUUAUAUUCUAUCGUGGUUUGUAGCCUCUUCAUAACUAAAUUUCAAUUGCAAUUGUCAUACAGAAAUUUUGUAAAAGCUGUACAGUCGUCAAAAAUAGUACAUAUACCCAAUUCCUUCUUCUUUAUUCGAGUAGACACCGCUUACAUGGUUAUAGCCGAGUUUACAACACACCAAUACCAAUUUAUGUUACUGUUAAUCGGUUGUUAGUUUAUUUCACGCGGUCAGCUGUUGUACUGACGUCAUAACAAGGCUUUUUACAGCCGUGUUUAGCAGGCAUGAUCAACUUCUUAAAAGGUAUUUUAUUUCCCUGAUAUCACAAUAUCAGCGUAAACUGCAAUAAAUACGAUGCUAAGAGUUUAUCUGAUAAGAAAAAAAAUAAUUGUUUCAGCUAACGUACUCGUACCAGUAUACUAUAUAUCCACUCAUUAAUCUCCUUCAAAAUUUUGAAUAUUAUUGUUCAUAUAUCAUUUAUGGUAGUUUACCGCAAAUUAAUGCUUCGAUUGCUUAUCAGAUAACAUGAAUUACGUCACACAUGUGGCUUUAAUAUUUUUUUUUAAACAUUUUGAUUGUUAUUUUGUUGAAAAAUGAAAAAAUUGUAAAUAAAAGUGGCACAUACAUACAUACAUAUUUACUAUAGUUACUAUGUAUGUUGUAUCACUAAGAAAUUUGCUGUUAUCGUCUCCAAAUAGGCGUUAUAAAACCGAGUGUUAUUUGUCAAACUGAAAUUUGGCAGCGGAUUCAGUUAUAUUUGUUGUUGCCAGGCUAGGAAAACUCUAAAAAAAAUCAUUUGUUGACUUAAAAAAAUUAUAUUAUAAUAAUACUUUUUAUUUCAGGGUGUAAAUUAAAGAUUUCAACGUUCGAGAUAUCUCUUGGUGUGCAAAAUAUUAAUGAAAUUUUUCAAAAUAUGAAAUAAUACUUGACUAAAGCUAACCAAGAUUUGGUUAUAAAUCUUAUUACGUGACUCUGAAAAUCAUAUUAUACUCCGGUCGAAAACUCAUUAAAUUGAUUUGCAAAUACAAAACACGCUAAAAAUUUUCUUAAUCACACAAACAGUAAAGCUUUUUCAAUCAGUUUUAAAACAUUAAUUUGCCAUAAUAUAUUUUGUUGCAGCAUUACCAAAACUAAGAUAAUAAUAUGACAAAUUUCUUCAUUAAAAUUUUUUCAUUUUCAAUUGUUCUGAUAAAUUUGAUAAAAAAAUAGUAAUAAUGAUAAAUAAAUAAAUUAGCUUGCAGUGUUUAGCAGAAAGAAAAGAAUAUUUACAAAAACAAAAUCAAACCAAAUGACAUUUACAUACAAACAUAUGGCAUAUACGCAUAACUUUAUAUAGACAUUUUUCGAAUGUUAUCAAACUGAAAACAACAAAAACAUAUUGCGAGCUUUUAAUGUACUGUGAAAAAGACAAAUUUAGAGACUACAUACAUACAUAUUUGAUAAAUAAAUAGGCAUAUUUACUGCAUGCGUGGCUGAGGAGUAUACAGAAAAACUACAAAAACUUAGUGUUAAUAUUAAAAACAUGUACCACAAAAAUAUCAAGCAAACAAUUUUUAUUUAUGUGCAACAUAAAAACAAAUACACAUAUACAAUAUUAUUAAAGUAAAUAAAUAUUUUAUUACUAAUAAAUAUUUAUAAUAAAUUUACAUAUAACUGCGGCAAGUAAAAAUUUGUGGUUGCGGAAAACAAUAUUUUUUAUGUAAAAAAACCUUAUAUUAUAUAUAAUAUAUAUGUAUUAGUAUAUAUGCAUAUACAUAUAUGUAUACUAAAAAGAAAGACAAAAACAAGCAAAUGUUAACAUAUUAUCCAAUACAUAUUUAUAUUAAGGAAUAUAUCAAAAACCACUUCUUGCCUCACAGACAGUUCGCAAAGUGCAUAAGCACACAUAUACAUAUGUACAUGCAUGCAAUUAAGUGCAACUGACACUGUCUACUUACAUACAUAUUGAAUACUAACACAUUUUACCUAUAAAUGUACCACUUGUAUACCAAAAACAACAACUUUAAGACAAAAUCACAAAGGAAUCAAAACUUUGAGGUUAAACUUGAAAAAAAUUGUAACAAAAGUAAAACUACUAGUGUUAGCAUGAAACUGUAUUAAUUUUAGUAAUUGCCAAUCUUUUCAAUCAUCUCUUCUAUGUAACUUCUCCUCAUAUUUAUUGUAUAACACAUAUAUAAACACUUUAAUUUAUUUCGAAGACUCUCAUUGUAGCUGUAGCCCUGCUCUCGUAACGCAUUCCAAAGUACCAAUAUUUUUAGAACUAGCAAAUUGUUAAAUAUUUAGCAAAACAAAAUGGUAAAAUUGAAAAAAUAUACAUAUUUAAAAAUAAUCUAAAUAUACAUACACAUAGUGAAGUAAAUAAAAUUUUAGCAAACAUACAUAUAAAUAUAUACAUUUUAGUGUAAAAACUAUUAAAAUUAAUAUUAAAAAUUAAUUUUAGCAUAUUAAAUAAUAAAUAAAAAAAAAUAUUUUAGUUUAUUUAAUAAAAAAAUAUUUUUAAAAAGUUAAUUUUACAAAAAUGUACCAUUAUAAAAAUGUCUUAAACCCCACAUUUCGUUUUCUAUAUUUAAAAUAUUAUACGCUUACUUUUAGUACAAAACCAAAAAUUUGCAAAAUAAAAACACUAAAUUUAAAAUUUUGAAAUAAGAGCAAAUUAAAUUUAAAAAAUAAUUAUUUUAUGUACGUAUGUAUGUUGAUUAGUGUGUGGCGUUGGCCGAAAUUUAGACAUACACAACACAGAAAAAAGGCAUAAUUAGUAAUAAUUGCAAAAAUGUAAAAAACCACUACAAAACAGCAAACCGUAAACCCAUUUUAAUGAACCGUUUAUAAACGGUAGAAGCACACAAACAGCUGUGUGUGUACUGUAAGCUGUAGGCUGCUUUAACCGAAGAUACAGGUCAAAUGAAAAUAAAAAAUAAUAAUAAAUAAAUAUUCGAAAACAAUUGAUGUACCUAAAAAUUUUAAUUUCAUGGCAAGGCAUGGAAAUUAUGCGCUAUUUAUAAAUAAAUAUAUGUAAAUACAUAUAUGUGUGUGGCUAAGUAUAAAAAUAUGGCAACAAAUUUGUUUGAAACCUAAAACGUUUUACAAGUAAACCCAAUUUAAGAAGCAAAAUUUAAAAAAUUAAAUAAAAUCAAAAGCUCUGAAAACUUUUUUGCAUACUUUUGCGCUUGGAAAAUGAAAAUGUAUACAUAUUUAUAGCAAACAAUACGGAGUAAUUGCCGACAAAAUUCUUAGCAUAUACAUAUACAUAUAUAUACACACUUUUAAAUUUUGUAUGUAUUCGAAAAUUCGAAAAAAAUUUUGGAAAUCGCAUUUUUGCAUUAAAAUUAACGUCGAAUAACUGUAUGUGCAAGCAUUAAGAAACAUUUCUUUUAAUGUUCUUAUACUCUAAAGAUAUUUACUUAAUCAAAUAGUGCUAGACAAGUAAAAGACAACAACAAAACAAACAAAAAAACAUCGGUAAUGUGUAAUUUUGUAGUAAAUAACAACAAACAAUGCCUUUAUUAUUGUAUAAAUAUGAAAUAUUGCAAACAUAUUCAAGGGAUUUGUUUAAAUACAAUAUGAUAAAAUAAAUAAAAUGUUUUUCUUUAAUCUACGUACAUAUAUAUUUACAUAAAUUUACACAAAGUACGCGUGUUAAACAGAAAUUUUUGCAAUAAAAACUGUGUAUGAGUGUAUUGUGUAGCCAAUGUUGAAGAUAUAUUUGGGUUUAAACAUAAUAAAUGUCCUUUAUUUUGAAUGUGAACAA